GCGAAAACUGUCAUGGCCGCAAUGUAUGUGUGCGUCUGUUGCUGUUGCUGUCCAAAUGCAUAAUUUUGACUCCGGUGUUAUUUGGGUGGGAGUUUGUUCGUGCCCGAGGUGCUCACUUGAAAUCAUAAACGCUUGUGCUCGAGCGCCACCAACAAUGAAUUCUCACAUUGCAGAAUCUGUUAUCAAUUUCGGAGCGGGACCUGCGAAGUUGCCGGAAGAGGUCAUGUUGGAGGUUCAACGGGACUUGUUGAACUACAACAACACAAAGAUGAGUGUGAUGGAGUUGAGCCACCGUGGGGCGGAGUACGCGAAGAUCAACGAUGGCGCGCAUAACACUCUUCGUGAACUGCUCCACAUUCCUGAUAACUACAAAACGCUAUUCAUGCAGGGCGGAGGGACUGGGCUUUUUGCCGCGGUGGCGAUGAACCUCGCAUCCGAGAACGGCUGUGCGGACUACAUGGUGACAGGCUCGUGGUCGGCGAAGGCGGCCAAGGAAGCUGAGAAGUACUGCCGAGUGAACCUCGUGUUCCCGAAGACGGACAAGCACAUCGGCGUGCCGGACCCCUCGGAGUGGACCCUGGACCCCAGCAGCUCUUACGUCUACUACUGCGCCAAUGAAACCAUUCACGGCAUAGAGUUUCCGUUCAUUCCAGACACUAAAGGCGUGCCUUUAGUUUGUGACAUGUCGUCAAAUUUUUUGUCUCAUCCAGUGGAUGUGUCUAAGUUUGGGCUGAUAUUCGCGGCAGCCCAGAAGAACAUCGGACCAGCGGGCGUGACCGUGGUCAUAGUCCGGGACGAUCUCCUGGGCAAAGCAAUGGGGAUCUGCCCCAGUGUCUUUAACUUCACAAUCACUGCGAAGGAGAAUUCCAUCUACAACACGCCACCUACCUUUGUGAUCUACGUGAUGAGCCGCGUGUUCGAGUGGAUCAGGGCCCGGGGUGGCCUGCAGCGGAUGGAGAGGAGCGCGGUCGAGAAGAGCAAGCUGCUGUACGAUGCUAUCGAGGCCUCGCGGGGGUUCUAUGUCUGCCCCGUGGAGGGGCGGUCCCGCAGCCGCAUGAAUGUCCCGUUUCGCGUGGGCGGGCAGCCGGCGGAUGAGGCGCUGGAGAGGAGGUUCCUCGACGGGGCCCAGGCACGGGGCUUGUUGCAGCUGAAGGGACACAGGUUGGUUGGAGGCAUUCGUGCAUCACUUUACAACGCAAUUACCAUUGAAGAAGCUCAAGUAUUGGCAGAUUACAUGAAGUCAUUUUAUCAGGAGAACUCCUAAUAGCAGAUCUGUUUGUCAUGUGAAACAAUUCAAAAGCAUUGAUGUUUGUUAUUCUUUAACUUUGAAGUUUUACUACUCAUUGGCAUAAUUUUAAUGCCAAUUUUUUUGGUGACGUUUACUUUACGUCAUUGCUCGUAACCUUCAUUUUGUGACCAGUUUUGUUUUAGGAUCAUUUUGACUUUUUAACGCAUUGUGCAAGAUUAAAACUUGUAGUCACUCACAGUAGAGAAUAUGCCACCGGUUAUAGUUUUAGCAAUGAAAUUUCUUUAUUUUCUAAAAGUUUUUUUCUAAAUUUAAUUUUUUUAAUUUCAAAUAACUUGAUCAAUGAGAUUAUUUUUGAUAUGUUAGGAGUUUCAUCCUUCAACUCAUUCUGACCUGUGACCAAACGUGUAAGGGCACCUGCAGGCUAAGAUAUUUACUGUAAAUAUUAAUUCCAAUAGAGGUUACUUUUAGAACAUAUCUAAUAUGUAUAUUAUUCUCACAAUGAAAUUUUUUUUGUAUUCUUUUGUUUACAUAUUAUUGUGCCAUAAGAUUGUUAUUGGGGAAUUUUAUAUUUUACAUUCCAGGCUAUUACAUUUUACAAUUUUUAUUACGCUUUUUAUAACAAUGUGAAUGGUGAUUAUAUAUAAAUUUUAUCUUUGAGUAAAUGAUUUUAUUUAAAAA